AGGGCGACCCUGUGCAUGCUGCCCGCUCCCUCCUCAGAGCGAGGACCUGAUUCGAGCCCUGACGAGAGAGCAGGUCCAUCGGCAGUAGUGGCUCUGCCGCUGGCCGUGAUGGAGCUGCUUUGUACCGUGUUGGCUGUGGCGGGCGUCUUGGGCACCGUUGCCGGCGCCGACCUUCAGAUCAACUCACCCUUCGAGGGACUGCUGCAAUUGGCUGCCGAGAAAAAUGACUCCCUGUGCCAUGGACACCUCGGACUUGUCCAAAACGCUAUGCUGAAUAAGGAAAUGUGGGCGCUUAAAAUUUUCGACUCGAGUGGACAGCCGACCCCUGGAUUCAUAUUCGGGAACAAUUUCUGGCUGGGGUCGUUGACUGAGUGCGAGGAUGUCAAUUUGAAAUUACAAGCGGGCGUCGCGAGUCCGCUGAAGACGCAUUUCAUCGUGGCCAACUUCCGACACAAUGCCACCAUCCAAGAGCUGACGGGCCUGCAGAACGAGGACCUGGUGACCCUGGGUCUAUGCCUGCCGCGGUCGUGCGGUCCGGAAACUGUGCGGCCGAUGCUGGCGGCGCUGUUCGACGGGGGCGCGCAGCCUCUGGCCCUACAGCGCAAGAUGGACCUGAGUCUGCGUCUGACGAACGUGCGGGGCGUCGAGGACAACAGUGACUGGCUGCUGUCCUUUAAGUUCAUCACCGUGAUGUCGAUUCUAGGGUUGGCCCUGGCAUUGUGCGUCGCCGGCUGGAUUUACGACCAGACCGUCUGGCAACCCCUGCAGAACGAACGAAAGCUUCUCGCCAACAAGAAGGCCAACAACAACGAGGGCGUCGAGCAGUUCCACCUACUUGUCGAGGAAAAUCAAGCAUGCAAGCUGACUAUGAGCGAAAGUCGUGCACUGCACUACAGGCAGAGCUGGUUCGGCAAACUGCUUAUGUGUUUUUCCGUGUCGGCAAACACGAGAGCGCUGAUGAACCCGAUAAUCAGCUCCGACUCCGUCAAAUGCAUCCACGGGCUUCGCUUCUUGGGCAUGGGCUGGAUCAUCAUGGUGCACACCGUCUUCUACCUCGCCGACUACGCUGACAAUCGAGUGCAAGCGUUCCGCAUGGCUGAAGGAUUCGCAGUGCAAGUUGUCGCCAAUUCUACUCUAUCAGUCGACACCUUCUUUUUCAUCAGUGGAUUUUUAGUGGCUUACCUUUAUUACAAAGGAGAACAGAAGACCAGGGCCUUGGAGAAAGGCAUGCCGGCGCGAGCCAAGCUGAUUCUGAACACGAAACGAUUUUUCCUGAUGGUCGCCAAAAGAUUCAUAAGACUGACUCCUGUGUACAUGAUGAUGGUUGGAAUUUUGGACGUGAACCAAACCAAAUACUCUCGCACCUCCGUUUUCAACACAACAGAAACCGCGCACAACACUUGCAGUAAAUUCUGGUGGAGGAACUUGCUGUACAUCAAUAACGUUUACUCCAGAGAUGAAAUGUGUAUGACCUGGAGCUGGUAUAUUGCGAAUGACAUGCAGUUUUUCGUCAUUGGAAGCUUCCUGUUGCUCCUGUCCACAAGCUUCAGGAAAACGACGUUUGCCAUUGGUUCGAUGCUGACCGUGGCGUCCUGCGUGAUCACGGCCUUCAUCUCGUGGUCUUACAACUACGUGCCGACGCUGAGCCAGCAGUACAACAUGCUCAACGUGCUGUACGAUCCGCCCUGGACCAGGAUCGGACCAUAUAUGGUCGGCAUGAUCACUGGCUACUAUGUGAUUAAAAUCAAGGGACACUUGCCCCUCAGAACAAGCCAAGUUGCCUGCUGUUGGUUGCUGGGCUCUAUGUGCAACGUAGCAGUUCUUUUUGGACUGACUGAAAGAGAAAUCUCCCCAGAGCUGGGAGCCGUCUAUGUUGGCCUCAGUAGAACCGUGUGGGGUGUCGGUCUGGCGUGGAUCGUCAUUGCGUGCGUCACCAAGCAUGGGGGUGUGGUGGCGAAAGUGCUGGAGUUCCCCGGCUGGGUGCCAAUGUCCCGGCUGACGUACUGCGCCUACCUCCUGAAUCCUUUCCUCAUGAAUUCAGUGUCGCUGGGCUCGGAACACGCGCAACAUGUCGACUUCCUGCCUUUGGCCACCGCGUUCUUUGGAAACAUGGGCAUGUGCUACUUUUGCGCGUACGUGCUCACGUUGCUGUUCGAGUCGCCAAACGUGCUGCUAAUGAGAUGGGCGACGGAACCAAAAUCAUCCUAAAUCAACACCGAAUCUUAUUUAUGUAGUUUUAUAGACAUUGAAAUUGCCAAACUGUGGGCUCAAACGCAACUUGAGGUCAUCAAACAUAUUCAUUUCAAGAUUAUUUAAGAAUAAAGUGCGUAGCUUCGUUUUAUGUGCUAAAGGGUCGACUUUUCAUACGCCUAUCAACGU